CGAGAACCCCUCGGACGGCCCUGCUUACGUUUGAUAUAUCGUGUCCUCUGGCUCGCUCGCCAGGCGGUGCUCGGCCGCGACUCGCUUCUCAGAAUUGCCCUCCUGUGAUCGCGGUUUGUAUACACACAUUGCAUAUGCAUGAGCGGCCCUGCGCAAUAACUACCGGCCAUAGCUGAGCUCGGGCGCCAUGGCAAUGCUGGCGUCCAAAACAUAUCCGACUCCCCUUGGGUCCCAACCCUCAGGCAUCGUCGCUACCUCGCAGCAAUCCGCUUACCCGGCCCCGAGACGAGCCCCCACGGCUCCCAUGGCCUCUCAAAACUACGCCAGCCCGACCGAGUCCGAAUUCGACGAGCUCGAUGGCCCCGACGCAGUGAAGAAUUGGGACGAGGACAGGGUGUGCGAAUAUCUCCGCAGCGUCAAGUGCGGCGAGUACGAGAAGGUGUUUCGCCGGAACCACAUCAAUGGCGAGAACCUGCUCGAGAUAGACAAGGAGGUUCUGAAGGAGAUGGGCGUCGAAAAGGUUGGGGACCGGGUGCGCCUGUUCUUGAGCAUCAAGAAGCUGCGGACAAAGACAUACGCCAACCAAAGGAGACGGAACAGGGAAUCAUUUGCCGGGCUCGACACGCACUAUGUGCCACCGUCGUCCUCGCCCCGGCCGCCGGGCGGCCGUGCGGUGCCUCCGUCGACGACGUCAAACAAGCGAUACUCGCGCCAGUACGAUAUGCAAUCCUCCGUUCCCGCCACCGACCAUUCAAAGCCCUCGUCACGCCCGACCUCCCCGCUACCGAGCGGCGAUUUCAGGACGGCUCGCCAGCGGUAUGCGCAGCCCCAGGGGCACUCUACCCAGCCGACUUCCGCCGGGUCCGGCAGGUUACCCGUGUCCUCCUCGUCUGAUCAGCCGCACUCCGGUCGCUCCCACCAAAGGAACCAGUCCAGCAUGGACGGGUCGCUGAUGGCCGCCCUCCCGCCGGGACAGGACGUAAUUCGUGUCAUCUCGACUGGUGGUGGCACAAAGGUCGUCAAGAUUGCCGACUGCAAGACGUGCGAGGAGGUCAUGCGGGUCACGUUGCGAAAGUUUGCUUUGCGGGAGGAUCACGAGAGGAAUUACUGCUUCUGGGUGCUCAACGGCGUAGAGCCCGAUCCGAACCAGUGCCGCCGGCUCGGCGACACCGAGUUGUGGCGAAUCAUCAAGGACCACACGCGGCCGGAGCGGAACCGCCUGAUCUUGCGGCGCGUGCCUGCCGGGGAACCGGGUCAGCAGGAGCUGGAGAGAGCUGCCGCGAUUGCCAUGGAAGAGGCCCAGCAAAACCACAACCGGGCCAUCGAAGGCAUGGAUAAGCGCAGCCAAAUGAAGGCCCAGAAAGUCCUGGGCGAAUCGUGGGAGACCAUACAACAGCCGCCCCUCUCGCCCGUCUCGUACCAAGACCGGGAGAGGAAUGUGUACAACGCCGCCCGGGACCUGGAGCGGCCUGCCGUGGUCGAGACGGCCCAAGCAGUGCCUCGGCGCAAAGGCAUGUUGCGCCAGUUUGGCGGGCUCAGGCCGCCUAGCGAGCUCAUUGCCUCGGAUUUGACCAGCUAUUUCCCGGACCACUCGCGGGAGGCGAUCGACAGGACAGCGCGCAUGUCCAUGAGGCGGUCACAGCGCCUGAGCCGGGUCAACCACCGGCUGAGCGUUGCGAGCACGUUGAGCUUCGCCUCGAGCAUCCAAGACGCUCCGCCCAUUCCGACGAUUGCCGACAGCUGGCUCACUGCUUCCAACCAGAUCGCCAAAGUGCGGACGCGGGACACGCGCUUCCAGACGUACCGAGACUCGGUCGCCUCGUCUGUGCUCGACACCCUGCAGGAAGAGUCUUCGCCAGUCGAGCCAAAUCGGAAGUCGUACGUCUCCUUUGCCGAUAGCGGCUCCGAGGGGGCGGCUGCGCUGAGCAUCACGGAUCCCGACGGCAACGUUGUUCGGCACAGCUACUUUGAGGGCAGCACGGCUGGGUCGGGUGGCUCCGGGUCGCUCGAGGAUGUCAACCAAGCGCUGACAGAGGACGGGGAGGACGCGGACGAAGAGCUCCAGAGCUUCCUUGCCGGGGAUUCCUGGGACGACAGCAAGUGGAUGAAGGGUGCCUUGAUCGGCCAGGGAUCGUUCGGCAGCGUCUACCUCGCCCUCCACGCCGUGACGGGCGAGCUCCUGGCCGUCAAGCAGGUCGAGAUGCCGUCUCCCGGCGCUAACAGCCAGAGCGACUCGCGCAAGAAGAGCAUGAUCGAGGCGCUGAAGCGCGAGAUCAGCCUGCUCCGCGACCUGCGCCACCCCAACAUUGUGCAGUACCUCGGGUGCGGGUCCUCGGCCGAUUACCUCAACAUCUUCCUCGAGUACGUCCCCGGCGGUUCCGUCCAGACGAUGCUCAACUCGUACGGCGCCCUGCCCGAGCCCCUCAUCCGCAGCUUCGUCCGCCAGAUCCUCAACGGCCUCUCGUACCUACACAACCGCGACAUCAUCCACCGCGACAUCAAGGGCGCCAACAUCCUGGUCGACAAUAAGGGCACCAUCAAGAUCUCGGACUUUGGCAUCUCCAAGAAGCUCGAGGCGACCAACAUCCUCAACGGCGCCAACAAUAACCGGCACCGUCCCUCGCUGCAGGGAUCCGUCUUUUGGAUGGCGCCCGAGGUGGUGAAGCAGACGUCGUACACCCGCAAGGCCGACAUCUGGUCCUUGGGGUGCCUGGUCGUCGAGAUGAUGACGGGCCAGCACCCGUUCCCGGACUGCACGCAGCUGCAGGCCAUCUUCAAGAUCGGCGGUGCCAAGGCCACCCCGACGAUUCCCGAGCACGCGAGCGAGGAAGCAAAGCAGUUCUUGACCCAGACGUUUGAGAUUGACCAUAAUAAGCGACCGAGCGCGGAUGAUUUGAUGCUGAGUCCUUUCCUCACGCCUCCGGCGUGAUAUGUCUAUUUUUCCUAGGGUCAAUUCCUCACUUAUCCCUCUUCUUCUUCUUCU